ACUCCACUGGUGAUAAUAGUAAUUUUGAGAAACUCCAACGAAACUUGCAAAUAAUUGUUUGAUAUUAUCGCGAAGUGGAGUAGUCAUUCUCGUCUAGAUCAUAUCAAAUAAAUCGAUUGUCUAUUAUCUUUUAAUGCUAAAUAAUAAAUUUACCCACAGAAUUACAAAAAGAAAAAAAAAGAAAAAAAGAACUGCACGAUCACGGAAUACUCCAGGAUGAUUUUGAAGUAUUGCACUUUUAUGGUUCUUUUACCUUUUAUUUUAUCACAAAAUGAUAAAUCUUCGUUAGAACUUAUCGUAUGCAGAAUACCGGAAAAUUUUCAAGUCCAAGUUUCGGAUCGCAAUAAAGUUAAUAUAUACGGUAAUGAAUUGUUAAUUAAAUACAAAAACAUCGGUAUUUAUUUGUAUCCUGGCACUACUACAAUAAACGUCGUUUUGAAUGGAUCAUUUGUCGAAUUUCAAGCAUACAUGAUAGCAUCAAAUUCUGUUAAUAAUUCGACAUCAAAAGUUGAGAAAAUUUUAUGGUCGAGCAAUGGUCUUAUUCUUGGGUUCGGACAAUUGCAAAAAACGAACAAGGGACAUUAUCAAGUUCAACAAUACCACUUCUUUUUACCAACGAAUUCAAGCGGAAGUUCUAAUCUAUUUGAAGCGGUGGAACAUGAAAUUCGUCGGCUUACUCAAGUUUGUCUUGAAAUAGAAAUUUCAAAAAAUGUAAAAAUCAUAACGGAAAAAAAUCAGCGUUUUGAAAAAAUCAAUGAUUUCGGAUCAGUGAUAGUUUUACCAUCGUCUGAUUGCGUAAAUACAAAUGCGGCUUCAUCUUGUACAUCCUCGGUCACUAAUUCGAUUAAAAUAAAUAUCAAUAAUUUAAUCGACCUAUUCAUCGAUGCUAUGAUAGAUAUGAUCAAGGUUUAUAAUCUAGAAAAGAUUAAAUUACCAAAUAUUAAUGCAGUUUUUAUUACCAAUUUAGGAGUCUUUGACAUGAAAGGUCAAAUUCAAACCUUUAAUGGCACUUUCGAGGGUUUAACGACUAUUAAAAGAACAGCAGAUGUAAUUUUAAUUCAACAAGGCCAUAAAUAUACGGCUUCUUGUGGUUUUGGUAUAUCUAAUGCAAUUGUACGUUUUAAUAAAUAUCAGCUUAAAUACGAUUUUAUAAAUAUAUGUGGCGUUAUAUUAGGUACAAUAGAAAAUAUAGCAUUAAGAGUUAAAAUAAGUGCAGAUUAUAAUACUCCACAGUGUACAAUAAAAUUAGAGGAUAUUAAAGUAUCAGAAUUUGAUAAAUUGGAAGUAAGAUUCACUGGAUUUGGUAUAAUGGAUAUUUUUGGACCUAAAUUGAUAAAUUGGUUUACAAGAUUUUUCAAGAAUUAUCUCAAGGGAAUAAUAGAACAAAAUUUGAAAAUUUUUUUGGAAAAGCAAAUAUCAGCACUUGACUGUGAAAAAUACAAGAAGAAAAUACUCUGAGGAAAUAUCCUAAUUGCUACAAGCAAAUACAUUAGAUUAAAAUAUUUAAUAACAUGAAUGCAAUUAAUCCGUCUUGUGAUGCACGAAAUUAAU